AUGACCUGCAAUUCAACUACUCCUACGACCUCCAAUUCUGUAACUUUCGAUAGCGUAGAUGAUGCCUUGGAAUCAUUUAAUAGGAUGCUCCACAUGAACCCCAGACCUUCGGUUGUGAAAUUUGGUCAGUUGGUAAAUUCUCUUAUGAGAAUCAACGCCUUCCAGGCUGCCUUCUAUGCUUCUAAACAAAUGGAAUUAGCUGGAGUCCCACACGAUCUUUACACGCUUAGCAUGAUGCUUCGUUGCUUCUGUAAAUUGGGUCGAGUGGAUUUUGGCUACUCAGUUUUGAGCAAAGCUCUGAAACUCGGUAUUCAAUUCAACGAUGUGAUGCUCAAUACAUUGAUCGACGGGCUCUGUAAAGUUGGGAAAGUAAUCGAGGCUGCAAGGUUGGUUCAUAAGAUUAGGAUUUUGGAGUAUCAACCGAAUGUUAUCACUUACAGCAUAAUAGUAGAUGGUUUGUGUAAGGAUGGAAUGGUAUCUAGAGCAUUGGAUGUGUUUUCCGAGAUGGAGGAGAAAAGAAUUCAACCAAAUGUGUUUGCUUACAAUAGCUUGAUUUAUGGUUUGUGCAUUUCAAGCAGAAUCAAUGAAGCUAUGGAGUUGUUCAAUAUAAUGGUAGACAGGAAGAUAAUGCCUGAUAAAUUCACAUGUAGCAUAUUGGUUGAUGCUUUCUGUAAGGAAGGAAAUGUUUUGGGAGCUAAAGUUAUACUCAAAAUGAUGAUUCAAAGAGGACUGCUUCCAGAUAUCGUCACUUACAAUUCAUUGAUGAAUGGGUAUUGUUUGCGCAAUGAAUUAGAUAAAGCUAGAAAGGUAUUUGAUUUCAUUGACAAUAGGGGAUGCAAACCUACUGUUUACAGUUACGAUAUCAUGAUUCAUGGAUAUUGUAAAAAUGAAAUGAUGGGUGAAGCAGAACAGUUAUUGAAUAGUAUGCUUGAGAAGGAUUUGGUUCCGGACACGGUCACGUAUAAUACUAUGAUAAAUGGAUUUUGUCAAGUUGGGAGGCUUAAAGAUGCACUACAAAUUCUCAAGAAAAUGAGUGGUGAGGGUUGUUCCCCGGAUAUCUUGACAUACAAUAGUUUGCUUGAUUACUUGUGUCGACGAGGUAAAAUUGACGACGCAUUAGCUUUGUUUCAAGUAAUAGAAAGUAGGUUGAAGUCUGAUGUUGUGGGAUACAAUAUACUUUUGGAUGGACUGUGGAAAGCAGGGAGGGGAGAGGAGGCAAGGGAAUUGUUUUCUAGGCUCUCUAGAGACAAUUGUUUGCAACCUGAUACCCGCACAUAUAGUAUAGCAAUUAAUGGACUUUGCAGACAAGGUUUUGUGGAUGAAGCAUUUGAUUUGUUUAGGAAAAUGGAGGGGGAUAGAUGUCUACCAGACAAUUGCUCUUAUAAUGUGAUUAUUCAUGGAUUUCUUCACCAUAAGGAUCCGCUUGAAGCAAUGGACCUCAUUCACGAGAUGGUUUCGAAAGGUUUCUCAGCCGAUGCAAUCACCAUGUCUUUGCUAAUAGAAUUGAUGCCCAAGAAUCAGUUGGAUCAUCCAAUUUUCCAGAAGCUGAUGAGUGGUCCUGAUAUCAAGAGUCAUAGAAUUGGGUCCGGCGGUCUAUCAGCUGCUGCAACUCAAGGAACUUGCUGA